GCCAGAUUCGCCUACAGUAGAUUCUUCUUUGGAUCGCUUUUGUUAGCCUGGGGACGGGCCAAGCUUGUGCGGCGUCCAGUUUGAGUGCGUCCCAUGCAAUCCCCAAUUGGUCAGUCGAAGUGCGUAUAAAUACAAGCAGUAGACCUUGGACUCGAGCGUGACAGCAAACAUUCUCCGCCAGCUGGAGAGAGUCGAGUUGGAUCUGUGGGGUUGGAAUUUGAAGUCUGAUGAACUUGGUGAUUGAUUACACGUUUUUGCUCUUGUUUGGUGGUGAGUUUAGCGCCCUUAAGCAGCGACGCGCGAGGUGACCGUCUUAUCAGGAAGGUUGCAGUGGCUCUAGAAUUGAGUCACAAUCUGUAGGGGUGCAGGACGAGCAACGUAGGGUGGAUUUCCUGGAAGUUCGAAAGUUGAGAAGAGAGAAGGUGUUGGACGGAAGACGUGGAUUGAACAUUAUAUUGUAUUGUGGGGAUUGAAUAUUAACUUGCGUGCACACACACACACACAAAGAUGGCGUUUUUAAAGAAGAUUAAGUCUAUCGAUGCCCCGAUGAGGCUGCUGGUGCCGAAAAAGGUAUCAGAGGAUGACAUGCUCGUUGAUUACGGCUCCCAGUUAGGAAACCGGUUCCUCGACAUCCUUGAAAGUUUGCACGGCAAAAGCAUGAGAGAAACGGUAAUGAAUUGUUACGAAUUGGCGGGAGCGUUUGCCAAUUCCCAUAGCAGGGAGGAGGAGAAACUUCAGCAACUGUCGUCUUUGCUGAAUAAUCUAAACCCGACUGAUUCGAUCGUGGUGGCCAGUUCUUUUUCGCACAUGCUCAACCUCGGAAAUCUUGCAGAGGAGAUCCAGAUUGCCUAUCGUCGUCCGACCAACAAGAAGGGAAACAUUGGCGAUGAAAACAGUGCAUUGACAGAAUCUGAUUUGGACCAGACGUUUCAACGGUUAAAGGACGAGCUGCAUAAAUCCCCUGAUGAGAUUUUUGAGGCCCUGAAGAAACAAACUGUGGACCUAGUCUUCACAGCCCAUCCAACCCAAUCUGUUCGUCGAUCUCUGCUGCAGAAGCAUUCUCGGAUUCGAGAUUGCCUGUCACAGAUGUACCAGAAAGAUGUCACAGCCGAGGAGAAGCAGGAACUAGACGAGGCCCUGCAAAGGGAGAUACAAGCUGCGUUUCGCACUGACGAGAUCCGGCGGUCACAGCCAGCACCUCAGGACGAGAUGCGUGCGGGUAUGAGUUACUUCCAUGAAACUAUUUGGAACGGAUUGCCCAAGUUCUUACGACGCGUCGAUACUGCCUUAAAAGGAAUCGGCGUGAAGGAGCGUUUGCCACAUGACGUACCUCUUAUCCAAUUUUCCUCAUGGAUGGGUGGUGAUCGCGAUGGAAACCCACGUGUCACCCCCGACGUGACAAGAGACGUGUGUUUGUUGGCUCGAUUGAUGGCAGCUAAUCUUUACUACUCUCAAAUUGAAGAUCUGAUGUUCGAGCUGUCUAUGUGGCGCUGCAGUGACGAGCUCAAACAGAGGGUGGCGAUUCUGGAGGCGCAAACUAAGAAAGAGUCGAAGCAUUAUACUGAGUUCUGGAAACACAUUCCACCCAACGAACCUUUCCGAGUAUUGUUGGGAAACAUGCGUGACAAGCUGUACAACACGCGGGAGCGGAUGCGUCAGUUGCUAGCCAACGGCAAGAGUGACAUCAAUCUGGAAGACACGUUCACCGAAAAAUCUCAGAUUCUUGAGCCUUUGGAGCUGUGCCAUAGGUCAUUGUGUGAAACUGGAGACAAGCCAAUUGCCGACGGCAGUCUUCUAGAUUUCAUGCGCCAAGUUUCGUGCUUCGGAUUGAGCUUGGUAAAGCUUGAUAUCCGACAAGAAUCUGAUCGCCAUACUGAUGUGCUGGAUACCAUAACCAACUAUCUUGGUAUAGGAUCUUAUCGCGACUGGUCUGAAGAGCAGCGCCAGGACUGGCUCCUGUCUGAGCUUCGCGGUAGGAGGCCUUUGUUUGGACCCGAUAUGCCGACAACAGAGGAAGUGAAGGAUGUUCUGGAUACUUUCAAAGUCAUUGCAGAGUUGCCGGAAGAUUGCUUUGGCGCCUACAUCAUCUCCAUGGCAACUGCUCCAUCAGAUGUCUUGGCAGUGGAGCUCUUGCAGCGCGAGUCCCAUAUCCCGACUCCUCUGCGAGUGGUGCCUUUGUUUGAGAAGCUAGCUGAUUUGGAAUCAGCCCCGGCCACGCUUUCACGUCUCUUCUCUAUUGACUGGUACCUCAGUCGCAUCAACGGUAAGCAAGAGGUUAUGAUAGGUUACUCCGACUCUGGAAAGGAUGCGGGUCGUUUGUCAGCAGCAUGGCAAAUGUUCAAGGCACAAGAGGAUCUCGUGAAAGUGGCAAAGCAGUAUGAAGUCCGACUCACGAUGUUUCACGGUCGUGGAGGCACCGUUGGCAGGGGUGGAGGUCCGACACAUCUUGCUAUUCUGUCUCAGCCUCCAGACACCAUUAACGGAUCGUUGCGAGUUACAAUUCAAGGAGAGGUUAUUGAGCAGUCGUUCGGGGAGGAACACUUGUGCUUCAGGACAUUGCAGCGUUUCACUGCUGCUACGCUUGAACAUGGAAUGAAUCCUCCCAUUGCACCAGAGCCUGAGUGGAGAGACCUCAUGGACUUCAUGGCAGUGAUUGCUACCGACGAGUACCGUUCCAUCGUCUUCAAAAAUCCUAGAUUUGUGGAGUAUUUUCGAACAGCCACACCGGAGCUAGAGUAUGGGCGAAUGAACAUCGGCAGUCGUCCAUCGAAACGCAAACCCAGUGGCGGCAUUGAAUCCUUGCGAGCAAUCCCAUGGAUCUUCGCUUGGACACAAACACGUUUCCAUUUGCCUGUGUGGCUAGGACUUGGUGCUGCUUUAAAGCAGGCGUUGGAAGCCGGGCCGGGGAAUUUCGAUACUCUCUCCCGGAUGUAUGAUCUAUGGCCUUUCUUCCGAGUGACGAUCGACUUAGUGGAGAUGGUUUUCGCCAAAGGUGACCCUCGAAUUGCCGAGUUGUACGAUAAUUUGCUUGUACCUGAAGAGUUGAAGCCCUUAGGUGAAGAGUUGCGGGAGAAGUACAACGAGACCAAGUCGCAUCUUCUGAAGAUUGCGAGACAUACGGAUAUCCUUCAAGGAAAUCCUACUCUGAAGCAGCGUCUUCGACUUAGAGAACCCGUCAUCACUGCUCUCAAUGUGCAACAAGCUUUUACGCUCAAGAAGAUGCGAGAGCAGACCGGGCAAGGAACACAGUCUGAGUCUCCCAAGUCUACAAAGCCUGCCUCGGAUCCAGUGACGCUAAACCCAACGACUGAGUUUGCGCCUGGCUUGGAAGACACCAUGAUUAUUACUAUGAAGGGCAUUGCCGCAGGUAUUCAGAACACAGGGUAGAGUCCAAUUCAACCUCGAAUACAUGAUAUUCAAAACCGAAGAUUGGUGUUUAGAAUUGUUGAACUUGUCGCCAGCCCUCUUGUCAUGUACAUGUGGAUGUAACAUUCUAUGUUCCAGAUGAAGUUUUUCAGAACGUAUAGGAUCUUAACGUUUACAUCUUCUAGAGCUUCCACCUAGACAUCGGUUUCACAUUUUCAGAGAGGCUUAACGGCAGUGCAGCAUAUUGUAGUCUACAUGCUGUGUAAGCGAGUUAGACAGGAUGGUUGCUCAGCAUUGCCCUUGUGACAGACGAACAGUCCAGGGUUGGCACUUCACUUCGCAAGUGCAAACAGGCUUUCCAUACUAAGGAUAUUUAUUCUGGUAGAUUUUUGAGGUUUAUAAUUUCUUGAAGGUUUGCAGCAGAUCAUGUAGAAUUUGGAUGCUUUUCACUUGUGUAGACAGCCCAAAUAUCGUUGCUGUACUUUUGUUCUGUAGUAUUAAAACUUAAUCACCAAUAUUUAAUCUGAUCCACAAUUUAAAUGUCU